GCGCGGUGUGUGCGCGGCGGCCGCGGCGCUGCCGGGCGGGGGUGACUCAGCCCGGGCUUUAUAACGCCGGGGCGGCUCCGAGCCCGGCUCCGCUGCGCCGCACCGCGCCCGCGGGGAGCGCCGGGGCCGCGCACCGCACCAUGCGGAGCCUGCGCGGAGCCCCGCGGGCGCUGCCGCCUCCCCUGCUGCUGCUGCUGGCGCUGCUGGUGCUGCUGCUGGCCGCGGGGCACGGCGCCGUCAUCACCGGGGCCUGCGAGCGAGACCAGCAGUGCGGAGGCGGGAUGUGCUGCGCCGUCAGCCUCUGGAUCCGCAGCCUGAGGAUGUGCACCCCCAUGGGGAACCUGGGGGACGAGUGCCACCCCUUGAGUCACAGAGUCCCUUUCUCUGGGAGGAGGACACACCACAGCUGCCCGUGCCUGCCGGGCCUGGCCUGCCUCCGGACUGCUCACAGCAGGUUCAGGUGUUUACCUGCCUUCAGGAAAGAGGACGUCUUCUUUUAGCAGGAUCUGCUCUGCACUAGAAAGAGCCUCUCAGUAUUUUCGUUCUCUCGUUGUUGUGACAAAAAAAAAAAACCAAACAAAAGGGGUACUUGCCAAGGGAAACCCUUCACCACGCUGUCCUGCCUCACCAGCAUCAGCUGGAGAGGAGACAUUGCUGUUGUGGCCAAAGUUUUCAGGAGGGACCCACAGUGGAGGAUGCUUUCAUUUUGGGGUAGCCAAACAACAUUUAGUAGAGCAGGGGCUUGACCAUUCCUGAAUCAUUUUGUAGGCUUCAUGGUUCCAGUUUAACCCCAGAAUGAAAAAAAAAAAUUAAAAAUCCAAGUUUAUAGGCAGUUUUGGAAAAAUUUGGCCACAUCUUUACGCUUUGGAAUACCUGAAUUGAACUGAGAGUUGGAUAACUGCGUAGUGUGAAGCAUAUGACAAUUGCCAAAAGAACUGUAUUUACAUUGAAUUUUGUAUCUUUAUUAAUAUAAUUUUAUUUGUAAGUUAGGCGCACCUCUAGGGUAAAAGUUUAACCAAUAGAUGUAGUUUUUACACUUUUAAAAGUGGCAGGUGGAACCAAAGCCUUUCAGUAUUCAGAGCGUUAAAAGAUUUUGUUAUUUUAGUAUUCAAAGAUGAGAAGUUGUUGUUACUUGAAUUGGUGUAAAACUACCUGAUCAUCUCAAACUAUGUAUUAAGAUGUAGUUUAUGUUAAAGAAAAAAGGAACCCUGAAGUUUGUUGUAAUAGGCUGCCUGACUUCUUGUAUAUGUAUCAAAUUUGCUGUGCAAAAAUUCUGUAUCAGAAUAAUGGCAGUGUAUGAUUUGAUUUAUUUUAAUAUUAUAACAUUAUUUUGUGUUUUUA